GCCACGUGUUCCUACUCCUUCUCUCUUCUUAAAGAAAACCCCCAAAAAUUCUCCAUCUCUUGUUCUUCUUUCCUCCAACGAGCAAAAAGCAAACCCAUCCAAUCAGAGGAAGGAAUGAAUGGAUCUCCUCUCCUGCCCGCCUCUUCAUUCAUCUGGACCGAGCCCCAGGCUGAUUUUGGAUGAGGAUGGUGAGGGCUCACCGGAGAAAGGAGCGUCAGCGGCUUCAACUGCCGCCGGCGAUAAGGUAGUCGGCGACCGGAGGGAAGGUUUCAGCAAUCGAAGCUAUUGACAGUGGAGACAGGAGCUCCAUGCAAGCUCCAGGCACUUUGACGGCGCGUCGAUUCCACACCGCAGAAGCACAACUGUUUUUUAUUUAGUAACGCGUGGCACAUUUUUAUUG